AUGUUUCAUAAGAAUAAUCAUUGCUUUCAGUAUCUACCUGUCUAUCUAUCUAAUACUGUCCAGAUCUAUCUAUCUAUCUAUCUAUCUAAUACUGUCCAGAUCUAUCUAUCUAUCUAUCUAUCUAUCUAUCUAUCUAUCUAUCUACCCAAUUCUGUUCUGAUUUAUUUAUCUGUCUGUUUAUAUCUCUCUAUCUAUCUAUCUAUCUAUCUAUCUACCCAAUUCUGUUCUGAUUUAUUUAUCUCAGUCUGUUUAUAUCUAUCUAUCUAUCUACCCAAUUCUGUUCCGAUUUAUUUAUCUCAUCUGUUCAUGUCUAUCUAUAUAUCUAUCUAUCUAUCUAAUUCUGUUCUGAUUUACUUAUCUCAGUCUGUUCAUAUCUAUCUAUCUAUCUAUCUAUCUAUCUAUCUAUCUAAUUCUUCUGUUCAUAUCUAUCUAUCUAUCUAUCUAUCUAUCUAA